AUGGAAUCACAGAUUACCGCCAAUCAAGCUCAAUCCCAGCUUGGAGUACUCCUUCAGGGCAUCGGCAAAUUGGUAGAAGUAGCGCUCUCGUCAAAUAGCACUAUAGUACAGGACCAUGCCAUUAAAUCCGAUGGUACCUUACUUCGGUCUCGUCAAUCCGAGUUGCUUAAGGAAUUUAAGGAUAUGAUGCUUGCGGUUCAAAAUAGGGCAUCCAAGGCGAUCUAUGAGGUGGAGACGAAAUUGGGGUCAUUGGAAGACUUGCCUGGUAUCAAUUCGGGAAGCGAAUUGAACCGCUUGUUGGGAUGCACGCUCCUAGGUCGUAGACCGAGCUAUAAACUUCGCGACUCUGUCCACGGCAUGCCCCGUCCACAACUAAUCACCUACGAUGAAGCUAACCCGACGCUACCCCAGAACUUUGGGGAUCCUAUCGUGGCCUUGCAGCCUACGUUGCGAAACGUCUGGGUAAUCCAGCAUGCUUAUGCAAAGCUAAUAAAUCAUAAAGAGGUCCUUAUCCAGCAAUAUCUUGCUGCAGCAGACGAAAGUGCAGUAGUCAGCCGUAAAAUAUCUCGCGAGUACUAUGAAGAUCUCAGCUUAGGACAAUUACCUUCAAAGAACAAGCUGGGCAAUUUGCUCGAUGUCAAGCACUCGUCGUAUAACCAUGCGACACACGAUCUGCAGAUUGUCCUCGUCUUCAAGGAACUUGAUGGUAGCCUCAAGUAUGUGGAGGCUGUGAAAGGAGAUCCGGUGAACAUAGGAAAUUACGAAGAGGAUGGUCAAUAUCUGGUACUACCUGUUGCUGAAGCAAGCAUCAAGAACCUCUACGACGCAUAUAGAUCUCUCAGAAAGGCAACUUCAGAACAGCGUCGAGCUACUAAGGAUAAGGAAUUUGCGGCCAAGCUACCUGUGGAUGAGAUGGACGAGCUCCAAAAGCAGUUCAGCUCUACCGGGAAUGGGCUUAUUAACGAGACGAAUGUCAGUAGUACUAGGAAACGUCGUCGAAUGGUAGACGAUGACGGCGAAUGA